AUGGACACCGCCGCCGCCUCAUGGCGCCUCCUCUCGCCGGCCUCCUCCUCCCCGCCUCCCUGCCCGCAGAAGCUACCCAUCAAGCGGCAAGCGACGUUCGCGGCCUCGCCACAGGCGCAGCAGUCGGCCAGCUCCAGCGCCAAGUUCAGGCUCCUCUGCCUCCUCCAUGACAAGUCAGCGGCGCCGACGACGUCGGUGCAGCAGAGCUCGCAGCUGCAGAGGCUGGCGACGGUGUUGCAGUGCGGCGCCGUCUGGGCAGCUGUUGAGGCGCCGGCGGCGCUGGCGACGGUGACCGGGGAGGAGGACCUCGACCUCCUAGGGAUCCUGCCGCCGAUCGCGGCGUUCGCCGUCUUCUACUUAUUCAUCGCUCCUCCGCUGCUCAUGAACUGGAUGAGGCUGAGGUGGUACAAGCGCGAAUUCGUGGAGACGUACCUUCAGUUCAUGUUCACCUACCUCUUCUUCCCAGGGUUGAUGCUCUGGGCGCCAUUCGUCAACUUCAGGAAGUUCCCGAGGGAUCCGACCAUGAAGUACCCUUGGUCCAAGCCAAAGGAGGGCACGCCGCUGUUCAAAGACAGAUACCCGCCUAUAGACUCCUAUAAGCCUUGA